CCACUAGCCACCAUUUGGUCGAAAAGGUAUUGGGUAAAUACCUAGUAUAAGCUACUUACGACUUACAAGCGAUACUUUACUUAGGUAUUACCUACUCACCUAUUGUGUGAAUUGUGAAGUCAACGACGAACUGAAACUGGUGUUGAAGACAUCGUAGUUGAGGUAGUAUUUAAUCAGACAUUUACACUCCUGUCACAAAUACAAAUAUAACUUGACUUUCUUCCCGCACUGACAGUGCGAUCGAUGCGGGAAGUCCAUGCGAGUGAUGCGAGUGAUGCGAACUUGUGAGUUGUGUUGAUGGAGCUUGCGGGAUAUGCGAUUUUUAUAUGCGAGUCUUGAGAGUCGUGGGAGCGACGAGGUAAGGGCCAUUUUCAGUUUUGACUCGGGUGUGGCAGCUAGAAAAUCGGGGAGGAUGCUGGAAACAACGGCACGUUAUGAAUGGAAUUGAACCAACAGUCUGCUACCUCAUCUCGGUAGCAUGGAUAAUAGAGCCUGAAAAAAACGUAUUUUAUCGUGAAAGGCGUUUAUUUGAUAGCCAUUGAUUAGUGAUCUCAAAUACUUACACGUCUAUGUCUAAAUACUUACACGUCUAUGUCUUUGCCACAUGUUUUCAUUGAGGGCUCCGGUAAAAAAGCUUGUAUUAUCCAAUUUUUUCUUUUGUAGUUACCCCGACCACUGAUGCGGUCUAGCAGCACCUGUUUCACCUGUUUAUACGGGAGGGCGGCGGCAGCUGUGCUCUGCAGGUGGCCACAGGUGUACUGUGCUGUGCGCGCCGCUGGCCGGCUCGCCAAGCGUCGGUGACCCAGCUCGCAGCGUCGGUGACCCAGCGCCCAGCGCCCUGCUGUCGGUUCUCGAGCGGGAGACUGCAGUAACGACCACCACGGCCACUGCGACCAAUGUAGCGGCGCAGUGAACCGCGCAGGGUCGGCCACUCAGCAGCUGACAGGACCGGUCGGCGGGAGCUGGUCGCUAUGACAACGCCGCCUGCGGCGCCGGUAGGCGGAGCCGGCCGGAACAGUGCGGGUUCGCGCUCUCACGGCGCACGGCGGUGACGCAUUGAAGCACCGCGCGGCCUGACGUGCCUACCUGGGACAGGUGCGGAUGUGACAAACGGCCGUGCGACGUCGGGGGGAGACUGUUGACAGAGGUGAACUGUACCCUACAGCUGUUGAUUCAUCUGUGUUGGUGUUGUGACGCGGUGGAGCACGUGACCGUUUAUCCGGCAAAUGAGGACACGUGGCGCGAGUGGUGCGUGUCAGUGAGCCGUCUGCGGGGUCUGUGUGACAACUGACGCCACUCGCCGCGGUGCUGGCCGUGCGGUUGGGGGAAUGGUGCGGUGACGGCCGGCCCGCGGCCGCUGCCGACUGUGCUCUGUUGAGGCGGCGAGCGGUGAGCGCUGGGAUGCCGGAGAGCGUUGGUACACCAGCGUGACGCGGCUGCUGGUGGAGCCAUGCUGGUGACGCUGCUGCUGUGGCUGGCGGCGCUGGGGCCGGCCUACGUGAUGAGCUGGAAGGGCUGCUGGGCGCUGAUGGACCUGCUGCUCCUGCCCAACGACCGAUGGCUCUCCGCCGUCGUCUCGCUGGCGAUCGGCGUGGCCGUCGGCUUCCCGCUGGUGUUCAUGCACCGCCCUCUGACUGAGGCAUCGGCGGGCCGGCGGCUGGUGCUCGCGCUGCACCACUUUGUCGGUCUGGAGGUGCAGGUGCUGCUGUGGCGCGGCGGCUGGAUACUGGCCGACCUGGUGCUCGGUGUCCGCUCGCUGGGCGGCCCGCUGGCCGGCCUGGUGACGGCCGCCGUGAUGGCCGGCACCGGGUGUCUGCCGACGGCCGGCACCGCGCCGCCGGUGCCGCACCGGCGCGGCGCCGAGCCGGCCGCCGCCGAGGCGCCGCCGGCCGCGCGCGCCCUCCUCACCCUGCUGCCGGUGCUGGCCGCCUGCGUGCUGGUCUGGCACGGCGCCUGGGACGCGCUGGACUCGUGGCUGCCGCCGAGCGCGCCGCUCUGGCAGACGGCCUCUCUGCUGGGCGGCAGUGCAGCGGCGCUGGCGGCGCUGCUCACGCUGCCCCACGGCCUGGGCUGGGUGGCCAGCGCCGACGCCGCCGAGGAGCGCCCUCACCGGCUGCUGCGGAGACUGCGUGAGGACUUGCUGGCGGCGGCGGUGACGGUGGCCGUGGUCGGAUACUGGAAGGCCCUGUUCGACCUGGCGGCGCGCCUGGCCGUGCCCGGCUACCCGGGCCUGUCGGACGCCACGCUCAUGGUGACGGGCUUCGUGGUGGUGGUGCUGGCCGAUCACUCGGCACAAACGUACGCUGUCGGCCGGGUGACCUGGAGCACGGGCGACCUGCGCUGGCUGCAGCCGUUGGCCGAUGAGCCGGACGAGGGCGGACAGCCGCUCCUGACGGGAGACGCGAUGCCGUAAUGUGGUGCAGUCGCUAUAUGCUCGACAGUCGACAGUAACGGCCUGUCGUUCAGUUCGUUGCGUUCUGAACGGAUAAUCACCCUGUGCGAGGUUGUUAUUUUGGGCGUAUUUGAGCUGCGUCUUUUGUGAAUACCGUUUUAGUCGUUUUAGUGUUUUUAUCCAAGAGGCUUGGUGAAUACUACAAGCAAGUUCAUAAA